GUCCAAUUUAAAGCUGGCACUUUGGACAACGAGCCUCGCACGUCGUCCCGAUAACCAUGACCGCGCUGCUCGGCCUCCCAAACGACAUACUACUAAAAGUCGUCGAGCUGCUUUACGCGCCCCAUGGAGGAACAGGCUUACAGUUGAAUGCUUCGCUUGCAUGCCUUCGUGGCCCGUCGGACCCCAGCGUGGCGCUCUCACAGACUUGCCGGCGCUUCCAAGCCCUAGCCCUUCCGAUCAUUUGGGAGCACGUUGGUAUAGAACAGGUGUGGGAGCUGGGCAGGCUGCGCGGCAAACUCAGAGAUGUGCCCAGCAGGGCGCUUCUGGUGCGGUCGUUUGCGUGGAAGUAUAAAUGGGCCAUCUGGUCCAGUGUAUCUUCGCGACCCGAAUCUUGGAAUUAUGCCAUCUACGACUAUGGUGGGCCCGAUGUAGAUGACGCCCCCGCAAAGAAGAUACGCGGGCAUCUCAACGCGGCGGCACUGGAGAUCUGCUUUGCUCCCCGAUUUGGACCCGACUUUUAUUGGCACAGCUACAGGGGCAGUAAAGGGCGCAGUAGGGCUCAUGGAAGAGGUCGCCACGAAGUUAAUUGCGGUGAAGAACCCUGGAAGACCGGUUGGAUUGAUGGAAUCCUCAUGUCUAAAGCGCAGGUUGAGGACGCAGCGGCAGAGUGUCUUUCGAAAAUGAAAACCUUAGGCGCUUUCAUGUGGGACAGCGGCUUUUCCGACUCGGCCAUUCCAAAGCAAGUCAUUGAUGCACUUGGGAAGAUCGCCACGCUUCAAGACUUCUUCUGGGACCCAUGCCAGAUCUUCGAACACGAAGGGCGGAGAGAUGUCGACGAGGCUCCCAUCUGGGAGGCACUCCAGCGUUCUUGCCCUCGCCGAUUGACAUUGCAUCUCAAAUCACGUCGCUAUCGGGAAGAAGGUCAUCCCGAGAGCUUUGAGGGCUACGUCGAGGCCGCCGUCAAGACCAUUGAAGCAGCAACGAGCCCUUAUGUUCGCCUGACCCACUUGGAAUUGUGCGAAUGUGGCACCGACGACAUCUUUCAGCGCCAGCAUCUAGCACGGUCUUGGGUCCGCUUGAGAAAGAUGGUCGUGUCGAAGAGCAAGGUGAGAGGUGGCUACCGCCCCUUCCUUCGAGCUGCUGCUGCUCUCGGGGCUUCGCUUCGUGCCCUCCAGUCACAUCUCGAUGGAAAAUCACCCCUCACGCCGGAAGACCUCUCCGCGCACCUCUUCGAGUGUGCCGUCGAUGGUAUCAUUCUACCUGAGGGCGCAUGCCUCCAAGAUGGCGAAACAAACGCGCUGCUUGCCUUUUCUCCCUGGCUUGAGUCAAAGACCGUGCUUCAGGACAUCUGUGACGCUUUCAACGCUGAGGCUCCGCGCUCAUACGUGGUCUCCCCGGGCCGGCAAUUUCAUUGGUGCGCGUCUGACGAACUCGGAUACGGAUCUUUGUGCGCUCCAACAUUCAGCUUCCCCGAGAUGCGAUCAAUCGUCUCGGUAGACGACAACGGCCGUCCAGUGCACAGCAAGGACGCCAUGUGGCGAGACGACUAUGAAGAGGGCAGAGUCGAGCUCGAUCGCUUCCAGUUUGUGGAUUCUGACGAGCCGAGGAGCGAACGUUACGACUGGGCGAAUAUGCCCUCCACCCCAGAACCUGAGGGUGGCGAGGAAGAGGAUGAGAACGACGACAUCUGUGAGCGAAUCCCUUGGCUCGACCUGAGCACUGAUUUUCCAUCGGGCCUCGAUGUCGAGAGAGACGAUUAUCAUUUUCAGUACAAUAAUAAUUGGCAUAGCAUUGGCACCCGUAAUUAUUACUAAGUUCUGGG